UCACCCCAAUGAUUGCUCCCUCUUACAGGCGACGUCACACGUCUCAGCGCGGCUCCUUAGAGCUUCUAGAUGAUAUAGCAGAAUUCUCAGCCGUGCCAAGCAGGUCCAAACAUGUUCCAGAGUCUCCGCGAAACCUGAGGAAAACGCAUUUCAUUAAAAGCAUGCGGCAGUACGACACCCGGAGUAGCAGGAUAGUUUUGAUCUGUGCAAAGCGCUCCUUGUGUGCAGCCUUCUCUAUUCUUCCAUAUGGAGAGAGCCUGCGGAUCAGCGAGCUACGAUUGGAGGGGACAAAGCAGCGGCACCCAUCCGGAGGAACCUCGUCUUCUACAGACCCCACAUUUGGGAUGGAAGGUGUGGAGCUCAGGGCUGAAGGAGAGGUUGUGUCGUAUGCCAAGUUCUUAUACCCAACGAAUGCCCUUGUUAGCCAAAAAGAUGAGAGCCAGGGCAAGCAGGAAUUCCAUGAUGCUUCCAAGCGGAACUUCUCCACCACCCGCUUCACGCUGGUCUCCUCAGGAACCGAAUUAGGCUCUGAAGUAGAAAGCUUUGAGUAUAACCCUAACCUGUUGGAUGACCCUCAGUGGCCCUGCGGAAAACACAAGCGGGUUCUCAUCUUCGCGUCUUAUAUGACAACGGUCAUAGAAUAUGUGAAGCCAUCUGAUUUGAAGAAAGACAUGAAUGAGAUGUUCAGGGAGAAGUUUCCCAAUGUGAAGCUGACUCUCAGCAAGAUCAGGAGCUUAAAGCGUGAAAUGAGGAACGUAGCGGUGGAGUGCAGCAUGGAGCCUGUGACGGUGGCCAUGUCUUACGCCUACUUUGAGAAGCUGGCGCUUCAGGGGAAGGUGAACAAGCAGAACCGCAAGCUGUGUGCCGGUGCUUGCGUCCUCUUGGCGGCCAAAAUCAGCAGCGACUUCAAGAAGCCGGAGCUGAAGCAUCUGUUAGAUAAGCUUGAAGAGCGCUUCCGGUCUAACAGACGGGACUUGGUGGCAUUUGAACUGACGGUGCUGGUGGCCAUGGAGCUGGCGCUCUACCUCCCAGAGGCCCAGGUGUUGCCUCACUUCCAUCGUCUGACCAAGUAGCGGGAGAGGGGUCUCCCCCCUGCAGAGACUAUCCAAGUUGGUGACUUUGUGCUCGGCUGGGA